AGGCCAGCAGGAGAUCAAAAGAUCGUAGAUGCGAAUUUCGUCAUACCCAGAUGCAAACAGGAGCACCGCUUAACCAGGUGCUGUGGGCAGGAUGUCUUCUUUCUCCUGAGAGAUGUUCUACAGAGAUUAGUCCAUCAGCGUUUCCAUGCACUGGAACAUGUGAGCAAUGAAUACUCCAAUCAAAAUGCUGAUUAUUCCAACCUGCAUCUGUGUUUGUUCAUUUAUCUCCCACUGGUUGCCGAAACUCUGAACAUGGACCAGUUAAGACCAAACACCUCUGAUGAGGAAGUCAGCCAAGGAGAAAUGCAAGAACUCCUGACAACAAAACCUCACGAUUACAAACGCUGCAAGUUGGUCAUAGAGCAACAUGAUAAAGGACGUGCCAUUCCUUUUGAUGAGCCAACUCUGCCCAUUAGAAUCAAUGGCCGUGAUGAUCUCUGCAGAUCCUUCUCAGGGGAAACUGUGUGUGUGAAGAUAUUAAGCAGAGAGGGAGAUAUAAGAACUGGAAGGGUGGUAGGAGUGAUGGAGAGAGAAGAGUCUUUCCCCUCCUUCAUCUGCAAGAUCGUCGAAGGUAAUCCAAAAUUGAUGAUCCCAAUCAGAAAAACUAUGACAAGGAUACGUAUACCACAGUCAAAAACACCCAACACUGUAGAGAUUCGUGAACACAUUGAUAGACGGUGGGUUCAAACAAAGCUUAUUUACACAAAUCCAAAUGAUCUCUUUCUUGUUAAAGUUCUGAAAUGGAAAAAUACAUGUUUAUAUCCACUUGGAGUAGUUACCAAAGUCUUACCACCAGAGAGCGAGGACUUGAAUAAUGCACUGGACAUUGAGUAUGGCCUUGGAGACAAGCCUCCAUCCUUCAAACCAAGGCACACUGAAUCUGACAGCACUGAGAGGAAGGAUUUCUAUGAUUGUCUUACCUUCACCAUAGACUCCCCUGGAGCUGAGGACCUGGAUGAUGCCAUUAGUGUGAUUGACCUGGGAGAAACCUUUCAGAUUGCAGUCCACAUAACAGAUGUGGCCAGUUAUGUUUCCAAGGGCAGUGAGGUUGAUGAAUUUGGAAGAGAUCGAGGAGAGACAUUUUAUGGAGAAAAUAAAACAACCUACAUGUUUGACAGACAUCUUAGCUCUAAUUACUUAAGUUUGCUUCAGGGAGAGAAACGGAAUGCUAUUUCCCUUAUGGUGUAAAUAAGAAAAC